GAAAGAGAAAGGAAAGGAAAAUCGUUGGAGGAGAGCCAAAGGGAUUAAAAGGGAGAAAUCGGCUUUCGGGAAGAACCAAACGAGACAAACGCUCAAAGCGCAGCCCACACAAUGUGGUGUAAGGAUGUGGUGCCAGGGUAUUGGUGUGUCGCGUACCAUUGGGGUCGGGAAAUGCCGGGCAUUAUCGGAAUUGUGGUGGUGUUCGGGUGUUUAGGUGUCCGGGUGUCUUGAGUACGAUGCCGACUCAGAAGCGCACUUGGGCUCUCUUCCAUCUUCACCGUUUUAUACCCUUUUGCAGCUGUGUUAUGGCCGGUUGUUGAGUAUUUGAGAUGGACCCGGUAGAUAAGACCUUCGAUACCGUGUUCUAUUGGACAAGCAAAGUGCAGAAUGGACUGAAAAGCACUACCGACAGUGCUGUUGGUGCUGCUUCCUCGCUGAAGGACUACGUCGUUGACACUGUGAGCUCCACAGUUGAUUCUGUCAUUUCCAAGGGAGUUGAUCCAGCAACGGCUGAUGAGGCUAGGUCACGGUUUCCCAAUUGGAACAUUGUAGGGUUAAGAAACCUGGUGGAUUCUCAUAAAUCCGUGGUGAUAGCUGGUGGAGUACUGACCCUGGUCAUUGGUGUGGGGCAAUACCACUCGAUAAUGGGGAGCCGAAAGGCCAAGAGAAGAAGGGCAGAGAGGUUACCAAACGGUGCACGGAAAGACGUUGUGCUCCUGGUUGGAUCCGUGUCUGAGCCUCUGACCCGGUACAUAUCUCACGAUCUGGUCAACAGAGGGUUUAUCGUGUACAUAACAUCGACACAGAGCUCCGCAGAUAACAAAUUCUUUGCAAAUGAAGAGUACGAGGACGUCAAGUCGUUGAUAAUAUCUUCAAAGUUCCAAGACGAAGGAUUCAACAGGGAUCAAAUACGUAAAUUUGAUCUGUUGCUAUCCUCUGAUCAUGUGCCGUUCCAAGGUGCCUCGCCAAACAAGCUAUCGCUUGUCGGCGUUGUCUUCGUGCCUGAUUUCUACUAUCCAACAGGUAAAUUCCAAUCAAUCUCACCAAGCAUGUGGGAAAACAGCUUUGUCCAGAAAUCGCUGGUUCCCUUAAACCUCUUGUCAAAUGGACUAAUUGCCCUGGCUGAGAAGUAUGAUUCCAACGUCAUUUUCCUGACUUCAAACGUGGCGAGCCAACUAUGUCUACCGUACAAUGCACCUGAGUGCAUCACAACGUGUGUGCUCCAAGAGGUCUCACUGGCCCUUUCUAGGGACUACCCAGCUCUGAACGUUACCAACCUGAGGCUCGGUGCCAUUGCAAUAACGCACAACAGUACGUGUAAGAAGUCUCUGGGCAUCAAAGGCGACCAUAUACGUCUCCUCCACCACAAGCUGUUCGACCUGUUGUACUCCGACGACAACGCAGCUGUGGACUACGUCGGCUUUGGUGCCCGUCUCCUACAACUCUGCGGCAGUUGGCUCCCAAAAUCCAUCCUCCAGCUUCUGUACAGAAUAGGAAGCUUCCAUUAGCAAGUUCUUAUAAUAUACGCAAGUAAUUUAGUACGGAAAAGGCUCAUCGGCU